AUGAUGAAUACAGAAAUAGACGAUUUCAUAGACAAUAACGAUGUUCCUAAUGAAACUACUGAAAAUCGUUCUACAAAAAAGAAACGUGCACCAAAAGCUCCAGCAAACGAAACAGAGAUGCCAGUAAAAAGUAGUGAAAACAAAAGAAAAGCACCAAAAAUUCCAAAUACGACAAAUAUUUAUGAAUUAGAUCAGAUGGAUGAAACAAAAGAACGCAAUACUCUUGAAAAAGAGAAUAGUAUUCAAGAUGUAUCUAUUCCUGAUCAAGAAACACCAAUUAAAUCAAAGAAAAAACGUGCACCAAAAAUUGAAAUAGUUAAUGAAAAUAAUGAUUCAUUACUUAUAGAAGAAUCUAUCAAAAAGAAAAAAUCCAAAGCACCAAAAUCUCCUAUCAAUGAUGAUGAUUUUCAAAUGAUUGAAACUUCAUCUAUGGAUUUAUUAGAAUCAACUAAUGAUGUAAAACCUAAAAAGAAAAAAUCUAAAAAAGUUAAACAACCCAUACAAACAAUGUCCGAUUCAUUUGAAAAUUUACAAAAUAUUAAUCUCAAUGAUGUAUCUUCUACAAACCAAGAAAUAGAUUUGUAUCCAAAUGAUACUAUUCCUAUGAUUGAUGAUAUGGAAAAUCCAGCACCAUUUGAUAAUGAUACAACUGAAUAUGAAGCAGCUAUCAUGGAUGCAUAUAAUAAUUUAGCAUCAGGUGUUAAUUUUACUGACUAUGUUGGUGGUGAUCAAUGGGCUAUUAUUAAUUUUCCAAAAUCAACUCGUACAGAUGGAAAAAAUCGUAUAAAAAAACUUUUACCCGGUGGUAAUAAAGAUGAAAAAGCAGGAAAAAAAACAACAGCUCCAAAAAGUAAUUUCUUAACUCGUUUUCGUAAUGGACUAAAUACACUUGUACGUGAUGAAAAAAAUUUACUUUUUGGUGAACCUGCUAAUGUUGAUGUAGUUGAUUAUGACGAUCCCGAUGGUGUUGAUACAGAUGAUUUAAAUCGUUAUGCACAAAAAUUACGUGAAUUAGAAGAUAAAGAUCGUGAAAUUAAUCCUGAAUUUCUUGUAAUUCGUGAUGGAAAAACUAUUUAUGGUGUACAUGAACCUGAUGCUGAUGGUAAAGUUAAAUUAGCUAAACGUAAACCAAUUUUUGAUCGUUAUGCUGAUCAAAGAAUUGAUGAACAAGCAGGCAAAAAGACAUUGUUAUCUAUUUUAAAAAGUCCAUUCGCUCGAAAUCGAGAUAAAAAUGGAAAUGAUAUGCAAUCACCAAAUUUAGGUGAUGCAACGCCAAAUACUCGUUCACAACGAAAAUCACAUGAACAAUCUAUUGAUGAAGAUGUAACUAUGGUUGCAUACGGCGAUUCAUCAAUGAUUUGA